UCACACUCCCCUCCCCUCUCUCUCUCUCGUCUCCUCCCUCUGAAUCCAUCUGUAAAUCUGUUCCUCUCCCACGCGCCCCGCCCCCAAAUCCCCCGCGCGCCGCGCGCCGCCGCCGACGCCGCCGUCCGCCGCCAUGGGGACGGAGGUGGCCCCGAUGGUGGACAUGCGGGCGCUGUCCCAGUCGGAUCUCGUGGCGCUGGCGGCGGGGUCGCCCUACUCCGCCGACCCCCGCCGCGGCCGCGACGCCGACGUCCUCCCGCCACCGAAGAUCGAUCGCGCCGUCUUCAAUGAGAGCGCCGGCUCCCGUAAGCAGACCUUCUCCCGCCACCGCGUCGCCACCAACCUCUCCCACAGCCUGACCCCGGCCACCGCUUCCGCCGCCGCCGCCCCCGCCCCCGCCCCCGCCGACGAGGACUCCGAGAACCGCCUCAUCGCGUUCCACCUCCAGCGCCUCUUCGCGGGCGAGGACCCCUCAUUCGCAUCCCCGCCCCAGAUUGCACCGCAACCCCAGCCGCAAACCCUAAUCACGCCCGCGAUUGCCGCUGCCGUGACCCCCGCGCCCUCCCUGCCGACGCCGCCUCCCUCGAACGCCGACAUGGAGGUGAUGAAUCCGAAUGGGGUGGCGGUCGAUCUGGCGAGGCUCGCGGAGCUGGUGGAUCCCUACGAAGAGGAGAUGCGGAGGCGGACGGCGGGAUUAGGGGCAGAAUCCGAGCUAUUAGGUUUCAUGAAUGGGCUUGAGGGUCAGUGGGGGAGCCGAAGGCGGCGGAGGAAAUUCGUGGAUGCCUCUAUGUUUGGUGACCACCUGCCCCGUGGGUGGAAGCUGCUACUUGGCCUCAAGCGGAAGGAGCGUGUUGCUUGGAUCAAUUGCCGGCGUUAUGUCAGCCCCAGCGGACAUCAGUUUGCUACUUGCAAAGAAGUUUCUACCUAUCUUAUGUCUCUUCUUGGAUAUGUGGAGGCAAAGCCAACUGCCAUUCAGAGCAGCGAUGCAGAAGUGCUUGAAUUAAACGCUGUUAAUUCUGUAGGCCAUUGCCAGCCUAAUUCAACUGAGGAAAAGCAGAGUGCGCCUCCAGUUACAUCUGUGCCUUUCUCCAGUCACCAUGGUGAUCCUCAGAGGCAACUUGAUAAGAAUGAAACUCAGGUGGAAGCAAAUGGAAAAGAGUGCCAAAAGUGCAAUUUGACUUUUCAGGACCAGAGUGCCUAUGUGCAACAUCAGUUGUCCUUUCACCAAAGGAAGGCUAAAAGGCGCAAGGUUAAUAAGUCUGGUGAAGUGGGAGCCAACAAAAAUGUAACAAUUGUGACUCAAGAAUGUCACAUAACUUCUGAAGAUAAACUGGGCAAUAUUGACCAUAGUUUAGCCACCACAAAAUCUCAAGGUCAAACACCAGAAAAAAUGCCUGACGAGACCAUUUCAGGAGAGUUAGGUGGUCGACCAUCCAUGGCACCAGAGCCAGUUGGUUUUCAAGAGACGAAUGGCUUAACUGAACAGGGAAAAGAAUCUUCUGCUGGUGAACUUCUCUCUGGACAUUGUGAUCCUCUUCACAAUAUGGCUGGUGUACCUGAGAAGGAAAAAGGAUCUGCUGGAGAACCUGUCACUGGGAAUCACGAGGACCCCAUUGACAAUUUCAGUGACCACAAAAUCCAUGAUGGAGCAUGUCAUAAUGCUGAAGAGCCUCAUGCUGUUGAAGCUGCAAGCGAAUUUAAUAUUGGUAACUCUGCAAACUUACAGCAGACUGACAGCACGAAGGAUUUAGUACUUUCCAAUGCAGAUUGCACCCAGAAUGACAACAUCACAAAGGAUUUAGCUCCUAAUCCUACAAUUCCUCAAGGUGAAAGCAAGUGUAUUGAUGAUCCGAUGGAGUGUACUGAUAUGAAACCAUCCAAAAAAGUUUCUGAGCCUUGUGAUCUACUGGAUGACAAAUUUAGUAGUUUUCCUGAAGGAGCUAAUUUUAAUGGUCAGGAGGAAAAUAGCCCACUUUCUGCUGCUUUGAAUGAGCCUGAUCUAAAUUCGAUUGACAUGGAGGUAGACAAUGACAAUGUAGAAUGCAAGUACGGGAAUGCAGGCGAUUCUACUAGUCCUGAAAAUGGCAAACAUAUUGAAGAUCAGAUUAUUGAUUGCAGAAUGACUGCUUUGAAAGAUCAUGAGAUCAAUACCGAUGUCAGGAUAAGAGAUGUCAACCUCAAUUCAUGUUUAGAUGCAAUGUCUCCUCCUGUUUCUGGUGCAAAUUAUGAAACAUCUAAUGCCAUAGAUGACAAUAAUAGAUCAUCCAUCAUUGCCCAAUGCUUUGGUGCUAAUUCUGCCGAUGACAAUGCUUGUAAGGAGGAAAAUUUUGUAAACAACCAGAGCAGUGUAUCCAAGGCUGAAAGCUUCAACCAGAACAAUGACAUGAUAUAUCAACCUAAUUUGACCAUGGAUCCUAUCUCUCCUGCUCAAAUUAAUGUGGAUUGUUUUACUUCUUGUUCAAUGACAUCUGAAAUUAAGAACAAUAGCAACAGACGUGAAGAUAAUGCCAAAGAACAGUUGGUGAAUCCACGGAACAUUACUAGCAAUGAUGCAGGUUUUGAUGUUGAAGCUUACAGCAAUAUCUUCAAUGGCGCUAUCACAGAAAGUAGUCUUGCCCAGCUGAAUAAUGCAAUAAACAUGAAAGCUGAUUAUUCAAGCUGCUAUUCGUUAUCUGAUCUGAACACACUGACUGGUGGUCCUGCAACUGAUGAAAUUGAUAUUCACAGUAUGAGGAAUAGUUUUGUUAAUAGCUCCACCAGUCGAAAUGAACCAAAUGAACAUUGCACACUGGAUUUUGAUAUCAAGGGUUCCAUGCUUGAGGCACUGGAAAAAUCUGACAGUGACCUGGAGAAUCAAUACAAUGGCAGCACUCGUCCUUGUGGCUCACUCCCUACAGCUGGCACAAGUGGAAGUAUAGAUGAUUUUAUGUCCUUGCAAACCAAUUUUGGUAGCCUGACCUCUCUGGUUCGUUCUGUUGAAGAUGGUCCAAUGAGUAGAAUUAUUCAAGACCAGUGUGAUUUGCAGCUUGGAUUUGGUGUUCAGAAACCACAGAUGUAUCCUACCUUCGAGGAGCAGCUGAGGAUGGCCUCAGCUGGAGCUCCACAGUUUGGGACUAUGAACAGGCAUAAUCAUGUACCUGUACCCGAACCAACACUGAUGUUAGGUUAUGCGCCGCACAUUGGCAGCUGCCCUCCUGUCCAGUUAGGAUGGGACAUGUCCAUGUCAAAGAUGGUUGGCGGGUGUGUGCUCCAGUCGUCCAUGUGUGUAUGGUGCAACACUCAGUUCCAGCAUUUUGGCACCGUUGCCGAUCAGCAGGCUGAUUCACUUGGCUUCAUCUGUCCGGCGUGCAAGGAGAAAAUCUCUGGUCAUCUUAGCAUGCUCAACAACAGUUCAUCACAGCUUUAGCAUUCAGUUUCGGUCGCUCAUUUGAUCUUGCAGCCCGAUCUGGCACUGAAAGCGAUUGUUCUCCCGUUUAUCCAGAACAACUAACUUGUCCACCUCUAGGUUCUAGAUACCCUGCCUCAAAAUUGCACGGUUAUUUAUGUAGGAAUUGUUAUGUAUGUAUCCGUUUGACUUUAUGCAAUGCAUGAACUCUUCGAGAAAUAACACUUUUAACACUACAAACGUUUAACAUGUUAAACAAUGGUUAUCGUACCAUUGGUUUUCAUAUCCGAGCAAUUUAUGAACACGAAUGUAAGUGUAGAAAGAACUCCUUUCCAUUUGGUGUUUGUUUUCAAACUUCAGCAAGAUCAGGCCUACAGUUGCAAGAGAACCUGAUCUGAUUCCCUUUUCUUUCA